GAAGCGUUUCGGUUGGGCUGCAGCCGCAUAAAAAAUUAAAGUGCGAGCAACGAUAUCAAUAAUCAAAAUCACCAAUUGCAUAACAGUAAUCAAUCUUUUUACUACUUGGAACUGAAAACCAAAACAAAUCAUGAUUGAGCGCGAAAUUGUGCACUCGACAACAGCUUCUAAGCGCAUUUUUAGCGUCAUGCAAGAUUUUGUGCAAUUUUUGGUACUCUCCGUGCGUAUUUUAUUAGAAUUGAUUAUUGCCCUGGUGCAAUCGCUGUUGCCCCUCAAGCAGAAGGAUAUCAGUCGUGAAGUUGUGCUUAUAACUGGCACUGGCCAUGGCAUUGGCAGGGAGUUGGCAUUGCAUUAUGCCGCCUGGGGCAGCACCGUGGUCUGUGUGGAUAUCGAUGAGAGGAACAACAUGGAAACGGUGCAAAAGGUGAAGCGUUUGAACCGUGGUGCCGUACACAGUUUCAGCUGUGAUGUAUCCAAACGCGAAGAGGUCCUUUCGCUGGCGGAGCGUGUCAAGGGGGAAGUUGGCCCCGUCUCCGUGCUGGUGAAUAACGUUGGCAUUAUGCCAACGCAUCCGUUGGCACAGCAUUCGGCCGAGGAAAUCCAUCGGGUCUUCGAUGUGAAUGUCUUCUCACAAUUCUGGACAAUACAAGCAUUCCUGGGUCAAAUGAAGGAACACAAUCGCGGUCACAUUGUCUGCUUGUCAUCGAUUGCCGGCCUGGUGGGUUUGUCCAACUUGGUGCCAUAUUGUGCAACCAAAUACGCGGUGAGGGGUAUGAUGGAGGCGCUGCACGAAGAGCUCCGCGAGGGACCCUACAAGGAUCUGAUAAAAGUCACAACGAUUUUCCCGUAUAUGACAAACACGGGACUUUGCAAGUAUCCGAAGGUAAAGUUUCCGUCACUUUUGGGCUUGCUGGAUCCCAAGGAUGUGGCCAAACGUAUUGUGGAGGCGCAUCGAUCCGAUUGCUUGGAGGUAACGAUACCUAGCUACCUACUGCAUAUCAAUAACUGGACUCGAUUGUUACCCAGCACCUGUGGUAUUCUCUUAAAAGACUACAUUGACAGUGGUGUGGAAUCUGAUUUGAAAUAAUUAUACAUUUCGCUUAUUUGUCGUAGAAUAUGUGUGUGCGCAUGUGUAUUUAAAAUUAUGGAACAUUAAAGGUAUUGUUAUUCAAA